GGGCAGGUAGGGCAGGCAUGGGGCCCCAGCAUGGCACAGGGCCAGACCCACCCCCUCUUUGUCACUGCCCACAUACUGCGGGAGGAGGGGCUGGAGGAACUGGGGCACCUGCAUUUGGCCUGCAGGGAAUCUGGGUCCCGCUGGCUGUGGGUGACCGCAGAGGGCCAUGUGGGCAGGGUGCAUCCAUGGGCGCCCCAGGCCAACCUCAUCAGGGUGGGAGGGGGAAGGGCCAGGAAGCCUCAGCCCAGACCAGGUAUGGUGGGAACAGUCCACACGGGAGGGGCCAGAACCGUCUAGAAGGCCCUGGCGUACAGGUCUGCUGCAACAGAGCCAGGAGGGCACGGGGGUGCCCACAUCCAGGGCAGAGGCACCACGUGGUGCUCAGUCAGUGGUCAGGGUCAGGCCUGGUUGGUGGCAUUGAGGACACUGCAGGCUUGGCCCCACCUCCAGGAGCUGGGCUUUCUCCACAUGCUCACAGCAAAGGCAGGGACCAGAGGGGUGGGGGGCUGCACCCACCCUCUCCUCGCUGCUCCCCUCCCCCUUACCACCCCGUCCAGCGAUGUCCACGCAGAUGGGAGACUUGUGAGGGGCGUCCACACCUGGCCUGCAGUGGCUGCCCAGCUUCCUGCUAGGGAGAUGGGGCCGGUGCUGAUGGGGAACAGCUGUUGUGGGGGCAGCCAGAGGAAACCACAUUCCCGUGGGGUGAGCUCAUGGUUUACACGUUCCCUGCCAGAUCCAUAACAUCCUGGAGGCAGAAGCGCAGAGGCUGAGCCCACCCCCCCCGCCCCCGCUGAGCCUCCCCUGCUCUGACACCAGGGUGGCUCAGCCAUCCUCGCUUAGCCUGCACCUCCUGUCCUGAAGCCCCUUCCUCCCUCCACUUGCUCCCUCUGUCAUUUACUCCCCAGCCCCGACCCACCCUGCUCACCCCUGAAGCUUCUCUGGGUCCUGGACUCCGUUCUGCAGGCUGGACGCCUUCUCAACUGUCCGUGGAGCCUGCCUGGUCUCUGGGGGUGUUGAGUGAGGGGUGACCCAGGAAGAACGCGUCAGAGACAGUGGACAGGGAAGCGUUUCUCACCCCUUAACUCACAGCAGCCCCACCGGGCGGGCACAACCAUCAACCUAGCCGCAGGUGUAGAAACUGAGGCACACAGACGCGAUGUGGCUGCCUGUCUGGUAACUAGCAGCCGGGAUUGGAGCCUGGGUCCAAGCUGCCUGUUCUUUCUUUCCUAGGCCGUGCGCCGUUUCUCCUGGAAUAACUGGAGGUGAUUUCAUGGAACCUGGAGGCUGGGCUUCAGGCUGGGGGGAGCGGCUCCAGACUGGGUCUUCUCUGUGGCUCUGCCCCCCGCUCUCCUUGCUUGAGUGGUGGGGGCCCUGCAUCCUCUCAUGCCCACCCCCACCUUUCUCGCCAAAUUGUCGGAGGCUUUUGUCACCUGGAGACACUGUUCCUGCCAGCUCCGGUCUUGGAAAACAUGGCCUCUCCUCUCCUGCCCCGGCCCCGGCCCCUCCUGCCAGGGGGACGUGGGCAUUUCUGCACCCAGUAGAACCCCGCAGCCAGGAAAGAUGCCUGGAAGGCUAGAAAAGAGGCGUGAUGGGGGGACCCCAUGUGUGGCAAUAGAGCAGCACACCCAGCUAUUCUCAGCCACCAUGUGGGAGAGAAAUGACGCCUCUGUCGAGCUCCCCAUGGCCGGAGCUGCUCCAUACAGCAUCCUAACCUUCACCCCAACUGCUCAGUUGCCAUGGCAAAGGGAAUAUUUUGACUCCCUUUUUUUUAAAUUUCCAGGUGAUGAUUGCUAGAGGAGUGGGAAGUUACUAAUUUUUGUAUAUUUAUCUUGUAUUAAAUUUUUUUACUGAUUUUUAAUUUUAAUUUUAAUAUUUUUUGAGAUGGAGUUUCACUCUUCUGGCCUAGGCUGGAGUGCAGUGGUGUGAUUUCGGCUCGCUGCAACCUCCACCCAUGGGUUCAAGCGAUUCUCGUGCCUCAGACCCCUGAGUAGCUGGGAUUACAGGCAUGCACCACCACGCCCGGCUAAUUUUGUGUUUUCAGUAGAGACAGGAUUUCACUAUGUUGGUCAGGCUGGUCUCGAACUCCUGAUCUCCGGUGAUCCGCCCACCUUGGCCUCCCAAAGUGCUGGGAUUACAGGCGUGAGCCACCGCACCUGGCCUGAUUUUUAAUUUUUAAAUGAGGGAGCAGAGGCAUAACUAGGUUUACAAUCAUGUCAUCAACAAAAUAAAUUGUCUUAUUUUUCUGA